UAUUUCGUACCUGCAUUAAUUCCACAACAAAUAAUACAUUCAGGACAACUUGGACAAGUGCUCACUCACUUUCAGCCAUUAAAAAAAAAAAAGGCUCUCCUUUUCAUGCCCAUGGAGCCCAGGUGCUUUAAAGAAGAUUCAAAACGAGAGCAUCUGCCAUUCUCAUUUCUUGACUUCAGUUUGCUCCCAUCAUUUGCAAAUUCCACUAGCAAGAUCAGAUUCAGUUUCUGGAAAAAGAAAAAAAGACCAAAAAAAAAAGAAAAAGGUUCGAGUUUUAUAUGGCUUCCGCUCCCGGUGAUUUAGAGAAAGCUGAAGCAAGCAGAACAGAUUAUCCAAAUUCAAACCAGACAACGGAAAAUUCUGCCACGAUAGAUGUAGAUGUGAAAAAAUCAGAAAAUGCAGCACGGUUGACUAAAAUAUUUAUAACAUCAUGUGUGCUUGGCGUUUUCCUAGAUCCUUUGUUCCUCUACAUUCCUCUACUCAACCACGAUUUGAAGUGUCUGAGGUUGGAUAACACCAUAAAGAUUAUCGCUCUCGUCUCGCGAUUGUUCACUGAUCUAUUUUAUGUAGGCAGAAUUAUUUUGCAAGUUUGUAGAUUUGAAAAUUGUUCGCCUUUCAUCAAUCGAAUUCUUCCCGAAAGUUGCUCCUCCAAGUUAAUAACAUCACUCAUCAAAUGCUUUCGUGAGUUAUUACCUGAAGUAACUGAAGUUCAUGAGAAGGAAUAUCUGAUACCAAGUAUAACAAAGGAGAUACGGGAGUCGUCCAUCAUAGUUGACAUUUUAGCUAUUCUUCCUCUUCCACAGGUGGCAAUUCUCAUUUUCUUUCCAAAGAUGAGGGUCUCAGGAUCUUUCGGGAAGCGUAUUAUGAACUUUCUUGUUAUGGUACAAUAUGUACCACGAGUUCUUCGCAUUUACCUAUCAUGCAAGAAAGCUAGAAAACCUUUCAAAGGACAUAUCCCAUUAUGGCUUAAAGGUUUACUCAAUCUUUUCCUCUACAUUCUCGCUAGUAAUGUGCUUGGAGCUUUUUGGUACUUUUUUGCUGCUCAACAAAUGAUAAGUUGCUGGGAACAUGCGUGUCGAUAUGGAAAUGGAUGUGGCGCUACUACAUUUAAUUGUCAUGAUCACCAAACGUCGAGAAAUAUUACAGUUCUAAAUAAUUUAUGCCCGAUAAGUCCACCAAAUGCAACUCUCUUUGAUUUUGGUAUAUACCUAAAUGUCCUUCAGUCGGGUGCAUUGUGGUCAACAGACUAUCCCCUGAAGUUUUUGAACAGUUUUUGUUGGGGCCUGCGAAAUUUGAGUUCUCUUGCUUCAAAUCUCCAACCGAGUUUCUAUACAUGGGAAAUCGCCUUUGUAGCUUUUAUAUCUAUAAUCGGCUUGAUACUGUUUGUAUAUCUCAUUGGAAAUUUGCAGGUUGGUGCGGUGUAUAUAAAAAGUUCUCCUUAAGCUUAAAGCUCCUGAUUUG